AUGGUCGCGGCGGACCCGACGUACCCUGCCUACCCCGUCGCGUGCGCUGUCGCUGCAGCGCUAAUGCUUCUCGUCCUCUCUUCGAGCUUGGUCAGACAAACAUGGAACCUCGGCGUUGUAUUCCUAUGCAUCUGGCUGUUACUCCAGAACAUCGUCAACACAAUCAACACUAUCGUGUGGUCGGACAAUGCGGACGUCAAGUUGUACGUCUGGUGCGAUAUCGUCACUCGCCUCGACGUCGCGAUGACGGUCGGUUCGAAUAUAGCCCCACUCAUCAUUGCUCGCCGGUUGUACAUGAUAGCCCACCUUCGUUCAACGAACUCCUCUGGUGGUCGAAUGCCCACAUGGUGGAACCAAGCUGUUGAGUGGGUCCUCGGGCUCGUAUGGCCCCUUGUGAGCGCUGGACCUCUGUAUUACAUCUUCCAGGGCGCGCGCUUCGAAGUGGUUGAGGGAGCCGGCUGCGUCUUCGCUCCAGCCAUGAGCUCGAUUCUCGCCUUCGUACUAUUAGCGAUCUGGCUCUUGCUGCCCGCUACCCUCUCAAUCGCAAUAUACUACCCCAAGAUCGCAUGGAUCUUCUAUCGUCACAACAAAGAGAUGAACCAAUUCCUACGCAUCAACAACUCCGAUAUGACCCGCAUGAACUACAUACGCGUACUAGCCAUGGCCAGCCUCGACAUCUCACUGACGCUGCCGAUAGCCAUAGUAUCGCUCGUUCUGACAUCCAGCAGCCGCCCAGAUUAUCUGGGAUCUCUCCCUUGGUACUCCGGUUGGGAAGCCACCCACUCUCAUUGGGAGCCGAUCGGGAUUCCGUUCUCUUUCGUCGUAUCGGGAGGAAAGUACAACAAGUUCAUCUAUUACUGGUAUCUUUGGCCGGCACCUAUCGUUUCGUUCGUCACGUUCGGCAUCUUCGGUCUCACGAGGGAAGCGCGCGCUUCGUACCGGCGCGCUUUUAAUGUCAUUACUAGGCGUUGCGGUUGGAACUCCAGCCUGCGCACGGAACGCACCAGUUCUCGGUUGAGCGUGAUCGAGUUCAAUGCUCGGCCUGUAGAGAGUUCGCUGGAUACGGACGUCAGAUCACAUCUAUCAACCGAGUCUUGGGACGUGCACGGCUUGCGGACCAAGAAAGCCGCUCAUAGCGAACUUGGGAGUGCACGAGAACCUUGCGAGGACAAGAAGGGCAUAGACAGUACUGCUCCGCCGCUUGCAUCCGCAGUUUCGGCUGUAUGA